GGGACUUCUUGGAAAAGCACCAUAAUCCGUACAAGGUCCGACACCUAGAGCACACUAUCAUGGUCCGCGGCGUAUGCAAUCGUCUAGUUCCGUCUUCGGACUUCUACAUCGUCACUCUGUACGUUCCAGGACGUCUCAACAGCGCGCCCGCCGUCGCCGUCGUGACGUUCGAGGCCCACGUCGUUGAACAGCGACGUUCCAACAUACUCAUCGACACCGACGUCCUCGCCCCAGAAGGUUUCGUUAUCGACCUGAAGAGAUGAUGCGUCCAAAUUGGAAGCUGCUAGGGCCUUGAAGCCCCGAUCUCGG